CCAAGGAGUGUGAACAGCAGAGCAGAGCUCUGUAUUCAGAGCACGGGACACAUGUAGACAAGAAAGCCGUGAGUUCAUUUUGUGCCCUCACCUGUCUUAGGAAGAAGUCAAGCCCGCAAAGAAAUUGUGUUCGGGAGAGGAAGAAGCUUCUAGGGAGAAGACACUUGGGAUGCCCAUGGUGACACGGAGGCUGAGGGAUCCUGACAUAAACCCUUGUUUGUCGGAAUCGGACGCGUCUACCAGAUGCAUGGCCGAAAAUAACUAUGACAAGGAGAGCUGUUCCUCUCACUUCUUAAAGUACAAGAACUGCUGGAAGUUCUGGAACCCUGUCAUGAUCCAGAGAGGAUAGAACGGAGUGAAGCCGCCCAUGCCCACGGCAGCAGAGAGAGACAAGAUCUUAGGAGCGAU